CGCCUGUAGGGGCAUUCUGGGGCUUGUAGUUUUUUAAACAGUUUCCUUAUUUAGCCUACAUUAGGUGGUGGAAUCUGCUCUUCAAAGAAAAACACGUGAAAAUAUUGAUCGGUAAAACAGCAGUGAAAACCCCAACAUUGUACAGCCCUAGGUGUCACAUCAGGGUUGUGGGACUUUAUGGAAACAUGUCAAAGAAACGGGGCAGGAAGCGCAGCAGCGAAGAGUUAAGCGAGAGCUCGGCAUCCACCCUGAGCCCCGACCCAGACAACCUACUGGGCCGCAGAAUCCAGCACAACUGGAGGGAGAAGGGCAACGUGACCAAAUGGAAGGGCACGGUUCUGGAGCGGCUGACCGUCAACAGCUCCCUGUACAUGGUCAAAUACGACGGCUUUGACUGCGUCUACGGCAUCGAGCUGUUCAAAGAUAGUCGCGUGUCCACCCUGCAAGUGUUGGCUGAGAAAGUCGUGAAUAAUAAGAUCAAGGUGCCCCCCGGGGCGGAGGAACUGGUCGGACGGGCAGUGGAACAUCUGUUUGAAAAGGAGGACGGUGAGAAAAACGAAUGGCGGGGCAUGGUGCUGUCCCGGGCCCCCAUCAUGACCCACUGGUAUUACAUCACCUAUGAGAAGGACCCCGUGCUCUACAUGUACCAGCUUUGGGACGAUUACAAGGACGGCGAUUUACGUGUUCUCCCUGAAUCAGAGAACAAACACCUGCUUCCGGCCGACAGGAAGCCGGGGGAGGAGCCGGAGAGCCUCGUGGGUAAACAGGUGGAGUACGUCACGGAUAACGGCCUGAAGAGGACGGGCCUGGUCAUCUACCAGGUCCCCGCCAAGCCCACGGUGUACUACAUCAAAUACGACGACGACGUCCACAUCCACGUCUACGAUCUGGUUAAAACCACCUAGGACUAGUACUGACUGUCCCAGCCGUCUUUGACUCAGCCGGUCGUUACCGUUUAAAGUGUUAGCGACUCACCCCGCCCUCAACCGCCCUCAAGCUGGAAGGAAACGCUGCCGAGGGCGAUAACCUUUAAUUUCCUGGCCUCACAUCAUUCGCGUUAUCAAUUUUGAAAAUGAUUUAGCAAUGAUUAGGUUAUCUUCAAUGUAAAUAAACCAGUUGUACAGCCCAGCCGGUGACGGAGCUGUUAACUUCUUCUAAUAGCGUGCAAAAUUCAACUUUAUAUUCGUUUGAUUUUAUUUUAUUUUAUUUUUUUCUUGUGUGUGAAGACAUCCAGUAAUUUAAAAUAAUCUGCUCUCUUACAUCUUCACGCAUUGUAAUCGUACUUCAUACGAAAUAUAUCUGGCUGUCCUGUUGUGCUUUACGUGCUUUACCGGGUAAUGUGACCAUCAAAAGUCCGACUCUUUUCAGUGAUGUGACGAUUUGUCCAUCACAGUGAACUCAAACUAUUUCAGUUGAAUUGUAUUGAUAUUGAUUGUGUCACAGAUUUAUUCCAGAUAAAAAAAAAAAAGGAGAAAACAACAACGGUGUAUUAUAUUUUUGUUCUAUUGUGUAAACUGCAAGUUUUCUACUUUAAUAAUAUAUCAGAUCUACUAAUGUUUGUUCAGUUGCUUCGACGGUGUUUGUGUUCCACGCAUAUUUACGUUCAAUUUAGCGACCGAUGUUUUUCAUUUCAAAGCCGACACUAUUUGCUGAAGCUAAUUUGUGCAAUAUGGCCUCAAAAUAUUAAUUGUACCUUGAAAUAUUGUUCUGUACAUAUUUAAUUGAAUCGUUUUUAUGAAUCUAAUCAAACAUGUUUGAAAAUCG